AUGAUCGUUGCUAGAGUUCCAGGGAAUUUGGAGGUCAUGGCACUGGUCGAUCUCCUGAAUGGCCUGCUGAACGCUGCUGCAACAGAGUCGGUUCAGACUCAGCUGGAUACUAUCUUGGCAUGCAAGACUGAGGAACAGCUGGAGCGAGCCGCGGGUAAGCAGGCCAACAUCAUUGAAAUGGUGAGGGACAUGAGCAAGCUUAUGUGCCGCAGCGCACGGCCAAUACUGCGGAAGAAAGGUCACGGUGAUGGCGGCUUGCGCGUUUUUUCGCAAGUGCUGCGAGAGCUGGAAGUCAUCUCCGCGCUGGAACAGAUGAGCGUGCUGCUAGGCUCGUACCAGUACGUGCUUUGGAUGGGUCCCGUGGCUGAUAACAAGCAGGCACGGUCGCCGCGCAGGCAAUCGGUCAGAGCAAUGCCAGCCUCCGUUACCGUGGCAUACAUCCAUCAUGCGGCUUUGGCACCUUUCGAGCGACGGAAGCGUGCCUGCUUUCGUACUGUGGCUUUCCUGGACAUGAUGCUGAGGGAGUAUGCGAAGAGCGCUGGGGCCGCUGGGGAAGCUUGGUCGGCAGUGGAAGCCACGCGGGCGCCUUUGAACGUCUGGAUCUUGGGGGCGCGUGAUGGGGAGGAAGGCUGGCUCGCCCGGCAGGGCUACUGCGAAGACGCCGCAGGCCUCCUCAGCGGCGAGACUGUGCGCAUGAACCUGCACCUACUUGGUGACGUGGAGGAGGCCAACAUUCCACCGGGAAGGCGGGUCACCGUUAGCGUGUCUGCAGAACCGCCGAAGAGCAAGCCGGACCUGGUGGUCUGCUUGCACGCAGAUGAGCGCCUGACUCGAUGGAUGCCUGUGCUCGCUGAGUUCCUGGCAAUCACCACCCGAGACAAGCCAGUCGUGGCCUUCACUUCGCGCUGUGAAGCAGAAGCCGAGAGUGCAGCGGGCUUGUUCGGUAGGCUGGGGAGCAAAGUCCUCCUAUGCAGCGUCCGCAACUUGUUCUCAGGUAUGGCUGCUGGUCCACAGGCUAUGUAUGAUGAUCAUGGAUGGGUCUCUGCCAUACAGGGGUCAUUAUUCACAACCACACAGCUUCAGGACCAUACAAAAGCUAUAGACCUGAGUUCUCUGGAGCAGCCUCCACCUGAAGCUUCCAGUCCAAAAGAGGCCGAAGGGACAGAGCGGGGUCAAAGAAAUCCUGCCGUCUUCUGGGGCAUUUUGGACCUCAAGUACGACCCGAACCUCCCCCUGGAGAAUCGCGUCAAGGUCCUGGAGACCGGAGAUGGUCGAAGCUCCAAGUUCUCUGGCUACGGCGCAGCCAUCAAGGAGAGUUUCAAGGCCGAUAAGAAGCUCGAAGAGACGUUGCAUCGUGCUGUGCUUGUCGAGAACAAGAAGCUGACGCGCGACUUCUUUGUGGAGGGCGGCUACGGGCACCUCAUGCCCAAGCAAGUCUGCUACCGGCGUAGCUACAGGGAUGACUUAGCUGCUGACAUCAUCAACGGGCUCGACCUGCAAUCUUCUGAUGGCUGCUGUGUUCUGAAGCUCUGCAAUCGUGCCCGUGGAGCCGGCUGCAUUCCGAUUGCCGCCGCCGAUCUGGACCUGGCCCUGGAGCGCCUACUGACUUUGCCGGACAACGUCGAAGCUUGGCUCGAUGGCCAAGACUCCGAGUUCCCGGUGGAAUGCAAGUGGGGCUGCUUUCAGGAGCAGAUUCGCCACUGGUGGUCCAACGAGUGUCCGGUCUUUGUGGCUGAGGAGCUUUGCAAGUCUGCCCCGGUGGAGCAGGAAGGUAAGGCCUACGACGGGACCAUGCGAGUUGGCUUCUCUUUGCACCGCGUGGAGGAGCCUGCGGAAUUGGAGGAGGCUGAAGAGGAGGAGUUGCCCUUCUACAGUACCACGGCCAACGACCAGGAGCCUGCCGUGGUCUUUCCCGGCGAGGCUCCUCCUGGAUCCUUGAGCAUCGAAUGGCUCGGGGGGUACUGGAAGCUUCCUGCUGAGGACACAACCUCCUCAGACCUCUCGGCCAAGGUCAUUAGCAAGGCUCGCCAGGGUACAGCGCCUGUGGAUGCACGGCAACUGCAGGAAGUCUACGCUGCUUUGGGCGACUCAGUCCAGCUGGUUUUCACCAACGCCAGUCUGUCUCCGCAGACACUGCUGCGCCGGUAUCCCGAUAUGUCUGAGCUUGGUGCCUUCGUCGCUUCGCGGCUAGCAUGCUCCAUGCGGCUGCGCGACCCCACCAAGAGCAACAUGGUUUUAGGGCUGGCGCAGGCUUCCUUGUCCAAAGGCCAGGGGCCUUGCAAGCCGUUUGUAGAGUCCUACAUCCACCGGAACUUCGGGGUUCUGGAGGCGAUGAUGGGCCGAUGGGCCAAGUCCGAGCCUCACUUCGUAAAGGCGAUUUCGGUGAUGCCUACGAACGCAACGGCUCGGUUCCUGCUAGGGAUGCAGUGCUUGGAAUCCGAGCAUUGGAAGAAGGCCAUCGUGCAGUUUGAGAGCGCGUUGCAGCUGGAUCCCGAUUUCAAAGCUCCCUGGAUCAACCUGGCGUUCGCUUUCCUGCGUCUGGGCCAGUGGAACAACGCUAUUCGG